AUGAAUGGCUUUUCGACACUGCUGAACUUUUACCUGAUGUCCCACAUCAAUACAGGGAGUGCCUUGUUAGAUAUGCUCCUGGUCAUGCUUAUUCCCCUCGUGUACGACGGGAUUCUCAAAACUCUCGAGCAAUGCUUGUUGCUUCCACUUCAAAGGCUCGCCCAGCAUUUUCUAAGGGGAAAGGCCAAGACCUCCAUCAUUGCCAACUACAACACCAUGCAUGGCGUCUCGCUUGAUCUAAACGAGAACCUCGUGCUGCAGGAGGCGCUCAUGCACUACGUCGGCCAUAUGGUGAAGCCCACUUACCCAUUUGGGAGUUAUCGCUUCACUCGUCUCGCCGCGAAGGGCCCGACGGCGCGAAGCAACUCCCUGGUCGACACCCUCCGCCACACCUACUUCUUACAAACCAUUCCGAGUAGCCAGGCGGCUGUGGAGCUCGCUCCUGGUCUCUCGUUGCGCAUCUUCAACGAUGACGGGCAAAAGAAGGAUGAAAAUGCGAGACGAAAUGGCAUGGGCUCCUUGCAAGCCGGGGGUGGGCCCACCACCACGCCCAACCAACGUGGGAAAGGCGCCAAGACUUACCGGAAGACGACCUUGGUGCUCGAGACAAACGCCAACGCCUUUACGCGUGAGGAUGCCGUGAUGACGUUCACCCAAAAGGCAUUCCAGGCCUACAAAAAUAGCAUCAAACGGGCGAUGGACUCGGAGCGGUACCUCUUUCAGCCCCUCCUCCCGCAAGGGGGGAUGGGGGAAGGAAAAGUCGGCGUGGCGGUCCGCCCGACGAUGUGCCAACGCUACCCCCUCUCUCUUGAGAAAACCUUCAAUACGCUCUUCUUUCCGGAGAAAGAGAAGCUGAUUCACCUUAUUCAUCAAUUUGAAACCCGCUCGGGGAAGUUUGCCGUACCGGGCUUCCCUCACAAGUUGAUUCUCCUCUUAUAUGGACCUCCUGGAACGGGGAAGACGAGCUUGGUCAAAGCCAUUGCCGCGCACACUAAACGCCACAUCCUUUCCAUUCCCCUUUCCCACAUCAAGACGAACCGCGAGCUGUUGAAUCUGAUGUACGAUGGUCGGUUUUCCGUUGUUAACGGGAAGUUCGACAACGAAACGAAUCGUCAUGGUGCUGUUGAGUGUCUACGGCCUGACAAAGUUGUCUACAUGCUAGAAGACAUUGAUGCGGCCUCGGAAGUCGUUCGCAAUGCCGAAAAGGUCGACAGUUCGAGCGCGGAGAAGAAAGGCGAAGGGGAGAGCAAAGCUCCGAGCUCCUCCACCAUAAACGAGGAUAUGACGACCGCAAUGCAAGCCUGUAACAAACCCACCACGGACGUCUCUGAGGAUACGACAAGCGACAAGUGCAAGUCGCAACCAAGGGUCGAAAAGGUAAUCAUUCCAGCUAAAAGCAAAUAUCAAAGGCUAUUGGAAGGCGUGGUGGAGGAUCCGUUGAGCCUGAAGGGGCUUUUUGAGGCCUUUGGGGGGAUAUUAGACGCACCAGGCCGUAUUGUAGUUUUGACAACAAAUCAUGUCGAUUACCUAGCGCCUGCGUUGUUGAAGCCGGGGAUUAUCACCAUGAAGCUCUAUAUGGGAAACUUUAGUGCGGAGUGCGGGAUCCAGAUGGUUAAGCACUACUUUCGUAGCGAUUUGGAAGACAACCCUAAAGAGGAUGAGGAUAAUAACGACGCAACCGCAGGUGAGAAUCCAUUCACAGAGGAAGAUCACAGGUCCCGUCAAGAGACUCUAGAAGAAAUUGGAAAUGUCAUUUUGGCCGCGCAGAAAUCUGGUGCAGGAUUCAGCCCGGCGGAAGUCGAGCAGAUGUGUGCGGAAAACAAUUCAUUGCAAGAGCUUCUUGUCGCUCUGAAGAGGGGAAGUCGUACCGAGUUUUUCUAG